UCACUCUUCAUAUUAUAUCUAUCCACAACAAUUAAUAUAUCCAAAGUUUUUAUAAGCAAUAUAAUAUGGCUCGUUCUUCAAUUUCAGUGUUUACUUUGUUUCUCAUUGCUUUCAUUGUUACAACUACUGUUGAGGUGAAGGCAUCGCGAGAUUUACCGGUGGAAAUGGCAGCCAUGGAGCAAAGGUUGGGUCUUGUUGGUGAUUUGAUGACUUGCCUGAGAACAUGCAACGUUCAAAGUGAUUGUAAUGAUGGAUGGGUGUGUUCAGAUUGUGCACCAAAUGCUUUUCCGGGUGGAUACCAUUGUGAUGUGUUCACAGCUAAUGGUCAAGGUUAUUAUGCAACUAUCUUACAAGCCCGUUACAACAAGCAAACUGUCUAAGAAAAAAGAGAUUGCAAAUUCCUAUAAGUCAUGUUUGUGUGUUGCUUCAAGAGUUUGUGUGUGUCUUGUAAUAAGUUAGUGAUCCAAUUUCUUUCUAAGAAAAAGAGAUUUGGUUACAUCUCUAAAUGGAGCUUGUUAUCAUGAUGUUCUACCACCACUAUAUAUUAUAUUAAGUGUGAUUAUUCUAACUACUACUA